AUGUGGAAAACAUAUCAAUCUAGUACUGCAGAACAAAUUGAAUGGAACAUAUUUCAAAUGUCUGUAGGGGAACUUUACACGUGGGGUCGAGAUGAAGGAGAUGGAAGACUAGGCCUUGGUCCUGGUCGAGGCCCUAAUGAGGGAGGAGGAUUUAGUAUCCCUUCUAAGGUCAAAGCAUUACCUGUAUCUGUGGCUGUUGUUUCUUGUGGUGGCUUUUUUACAACAGUGCUGACAGAGGAAGGGCAACUUUGGAAUUGGGGAGCAAGUUCUAACUAUGAGCUUGGAAGAGGUGAUAAGGUUGGUGGUUGGAGACCCAAGCCAAUUCCUAGCCUUGAAGGUGUUCGUAUCAUUCAGAUAGCAAGUGGUGGCUAUCGCUCCCUUGCAUUAACUGAUGAAGGCAAAGUUCUUUCUUGGGGAUAUGGUGGACAUGGUCAGUUGGGUCAUUCUUCAACUGAAAAUCAGAAAGUACCUGUGGUGAUCGAGGCUUUAGCCUAUGAGCGUGUAGUCUACAUCGCUUGUGGGGGCUCAUCCUCAGCAGCCAUAACAGAUAAAGGGAAGUUGUACAUGUGGGGAAAUGCCAAAGAUUCUCAAUUGGGAGUUCCUGGGUUGCCAUAGGUACAACUGUGUCCUGUUGAAGUCAAGUUUCUAAUGGAGGAUGAUGGAUUGGGAUCCCACAAGGUGUUAUCUGUUGCAGUUGGUGCAUCUCAUGCCAUGUGUUUGGUUUCAAGGUCAUGUUGUUAAAGAUGGUCUACUAAUCGAAAGGUUUUCUCAACUCAUAUAGAAACGACCAACAAGUAUGUAUCGUCUAACAGCUCAAACAGAGGCUAGAACAGAUGUGUAGAAUCUGAGGAUAGGAUAAGUUCUUUAAGUUACUAAAAUAUUGCCAAAGCAUUUAAGAGGUGAAUUCAGGUUGCUAACUAGUUAGUCAAUAAGUGGAGCUUCACCUUGACAAUUGCUGACUCAUAACUGGUUUUGUUUGAAUCCCUUUAAUGAAUUAAA